GUAUUUCAGUCGAUUACCGGGUCAGGCCACUGGUAGUGACCAUUAAACUGUGGGCGUCCCAUCACAACAUCAACGAUCCGAAAAAAAUGACGCUGUCCAGUUACUCGCUGGUGCUGAUGGUUAUCAAUUUCUUACAAAGCGUGGUACCGCCCGUGUUACCGUCGCUGCAGUGCAUCUAUGGCAUGAAGUUCUCGUCCUACACCGACAUCGAAUUCGUUCACAUGCACGAACAGUUGCCUAGCAGUGGUUGGAGAAGCGACAAUAAACAGAGUCUUGGCGAGUUGCUUUUGCAGUUUUUCAAAUACUACAACGAUUUCAAGUGA